AUGUUUAAUUGUUUUUUAUGUACUGAAAAUAAAUUUACUUCUACAAACCAGUAUAUAUGGCAUCUAAAGGUUUAUCACAACUUAGAUUCUCAAUCACUUUAUACAUGCAAACAGGAUAAUUGUUUUAGAGAUUUUCUCGGCUUACAUAAAUUUAGGCAACAUUUAAAUAGAACACAUGCAAAUAAAAGUAAUUCAAUUACACAACUGAACGUAGAAAUUGAUGGACCUUUAGAAAAUGAUUCAGGUAGUACGGCUUUUGAUCCAAAUAUUACAAAUGAAAAUAGUUUUGGAAAAAAUAUAAUUAAUUGCACGUUUAAAGAUAUUGUUACAAAUAAUGUUUCAAGUUUUAUUGCCAAGUUAUAUUCAAAGCCAAAUGUAACUGAGACAUUACUUCAAGAAAUAGUUGAAGGAGUUAAUGAAUUAUUUUCCAAUGAAAUUAUAACUCAUUUAAAAAAAAAAGUUUUUUCUGUUUUAACUAACUAUGAUACUUCUAAAAAAACUGAAAUAGAGGAAAUGUUUAAUGUUCUCGAAAAUCCUUUUUUGGAGUUCAAAACCAAACAUUUGCGAAUAAAAUAUUUUGAAAAUCAUAAUUUAUUUUUUAAACCCACAACAGUAGUAGUUGGUUAUAUGAAACAAAAAAAAAAAGUUGAAGGAAUUGAUCGUUUAUUAAUGGUACCUGUUCAAGGUCAUUUAUUAUCUUUUAAAAGUAAUUUAAAAUCAUUUUUUGAACUGCCAGAUAUAUACGAAACUGCCCUAAAAUUCACCAAUGAUUCUUUAAGCAGUACAGGUAUAUUAACUUCAUUUUUAAAUGGUUCCACAUGGAAAAAAAUUAAAUGUUCAUUUUCGGAUAAAAUUGUGUUUCCCAUUUUUUUAUACUACGAUGAUGCAGAAAUGGGUAAUCCACUUGGUUCCCACUCUGGAAUUCAUAAGAUGGGAUGUGUAUAUUAUACAGUCCCCUCUCUACCACCAGAAUAUCUUUCAUCGUUGGAUAAUAUUUUUGUUGGUUAUUUAUUUCAUUCCCAAGAUCGAGGAACUUUUAAAAUAAAUAAUUAUGAUAUGUAUAAGGCGCUUAUUAAAGAGUUGAUAGAUUUAGAAACAAAUGGCAUUUCUAUAACUGUAAAUUUUAAAACCUAUCAAAUUUAUUUUGCUCUUGGAUUAGUCCUAGGUGAUAAUUUAGGACUAAAUUCAAUUCUUGGAUUUGUUGAGAGUUUUUCAGCCAAUCACUACUGCCGAAUUUGCCGUUCCCCAAAAUCGGAUAUGCAAAAAAUGAUUUAUGAAUCCUCUGAGACUCUUAGAAAUGAAAUAAAUUAUGAUACAGAUAUUAAUUUAGCUGAUAGUUCACAAACUGGUUUAAAUGAAUAUUGUAUAUUUAACAACGUUCCCAGCUUCCAUGUAACAAGAAAUUCAGUUAGUGAUUUUAUGCAUGAUAUCACAGAAGGGGUCGCUCGUUAUGAUAUGGCUUUCAUCAUAAAAAAUCUAAUUGAUUUAAAAUAUAUAACUCUUGAGAUUAUGAAUAGUCGAAUAGAAUUUUUUAAUUAUGGUGUAACUGAAAAUAAAAAUUCUCCACCGGAAAUAAGUUCUACUCACAUAAUCAACGGAUGUAUAAUUAUGUCUUCUUCAGAAAUGCUGUGUUUAGUGAGGUACUUUGGUCUUAUUAUUGGUGAGUUAGUGCCUAAAAAGACUGAAGUCUGGCGUUUAUAUAUUUUACUACGUAAAAUAGUAGAUAUGUGUAGUGCUCGACAAAUACAACCAGAGUGUUCAGUUCAGUUACAAGCAUUAGUAGCUGAACAUAAUCAAUUAUAUUUGUCAAUAUCUAAAGGCACCCUUAAACCCAAAUAUCAUUUUCUGGUACAUUAUGGCCAACUGCUUCUUAAAAAUGGACCGCUUAUUUUAACUUCUUCCAUUAGAUUUGAAGCAAAACAUAAAACAGUAAAAGCAAUUGCAAAUGCUGUAUCUAAUCGAAUUAAUUUAGGUCAUACACUAUCUAAUAAAAUACAAUUGCAAAUGAUCAGUCGCUUUUUAUCUAAUUCAGGUUUAAAACCAGACUUAAAUUAUUCAUCUGGUUCCCAUGUAGUAUCCCCUUUUAUUGAGUUUCCAUCAAAUAUAAUUUUCAAUCUACCACCAGAAUUCAAAUGUAAUUCAUUCUCUCCAGUUUGGUUGGAAUAUAAAGGUUUGAUGUAUAAAAAAGAUAUGCUAUUAGUUUUAGAAAUAAAUUCUGCUGCUGGAGGCUGUUUAUUUGGGGAAAUCUAUAAAAUGUUGGUCAAUGAAACCAGAGUUCCUUAUUUUAUAAUAAAGCCAAUGUUGACUGUUGGUUUUGAUGAACAUUUUUGUGCCUAUGAAAUAAAAAAUAAUUCAAACUCAAAACUGAUUGGGUGUUAUAUGCAUGAAUUACCUGAUACAACGCCAACUAUUGCCAGAGUUCUAGGCAAUGGUAAACUUUAUGCCUCAUUGAGGUCAGGUGCAUAA